CAAAGAGUUUACACUCCUAGCUAGAGAAACUGCUGAGAUGGGUCGAGGCCCUAGGAGAGUUGCUCUAUUAUCCCUACUUUGUCUUUAUGUUCUUGUAGUUAGUGUGGUUGCUCGGAAUGUGGUGAGCGUGGAGAAGAAUGAGGAAGAACAGAAGUUUUUAAGUGGAGGGAAGGGAGGAGGGUUUGGAGGUGGGUUUGGUGGGGGAGGUGGAGCUGGUGGUGGUGGUGGUGUUGGCGGGGGUGCUGGUGGCGGAUUUGGUGGUGGUGCUGGUGGUGGAUUUGGUGGUGGAGCUGGUGGUGGUGCUGGAGGUGGUGGAGGUUUAGGUGGUGGGCAUGGGAUUGGUGGUGGUGUUGGCGGGGGCGCUGGCGGUGGUGGAGGUUUAGGUGGUGGGCAUGGAAUUGGUGGUGGUGCUGGUGGCGGAUUUGGUGGUGGAGCUGGUGGUGGUGGAGGCUUAGGUGGCGGGCAUGGGAUUGGUGGUGGUGCUGGUGGAGGGUUUGGCAAGGGUGGUGGCAUUGGCGGUGGGAUUGGUAAAGGUGGUGGAGUAGGAGGUGGUGCUGGUGGUGGUUUCGGCAAGGGUGGUGGGCAUGGAAUUGGUGGAGGUGCUGGUGGAGGUUUUGGCAAGGGCGGUGGAAUUGGUGGUGGGAUUGGUAAAGGUGGUGGAGUAGGAGGUGGUGCUGCUGGUGGCUUCGGCAAGGGUGGUGGGCAUGGGAUUGGUGGUGGUGCUGGUGGAGGGUUUGGCAAGGGUGGUGGCAUUGGUGGUGGGAUUGGUAAAGGUGGAGGAGUAGGAGGUGGAGCUGGUGGAGGCAUCGGCAAGGGUGGUGGUGUUGGUGGUGGUGCCGGUGGUGGUCAUGGUGGCGGAUUUGGAAAAGGUGGUGGAGUAGGUGGUGGGAUUGGUAAAGGCGGUGGAGUUGGAGGGGGAGCUGGUGGAGGCUUUGGGAAAGGUGGCGGUGUUGGAGGUGGUAUUGGUAAAGGAGGCGGGGGAGGCUUUGGUGGAGGCAUUGGGAAAGGUGGUGGCAUUGGAGGCGGGAUUGGCAAAGGUGGUGGAUUUGGUGGCGGAGUUGGAGGUGGAUCAGGUGGUGGUGUUGGUGGGGGAUACGGCUCAGGUGGUGGCGUUGGGGGAGGGGUAGGAGGAGGCUCCGGAGGCGGGUUUGGUGGUGGAUUUGGUGGAGGAGGAGGAGGAGGCGGAGGGGGUGGAUUUGGCGGUGGUAGCGGCGGCGGCUUUGGCGGGGGAGGCGGUGGUGGUAUUGGACACCACUAAGCUUCACGUUGCAUGGGGUCUCGUCCUAAGAAUGAAACAAAAUAAUCAUCAAUUAAAGUCAUGUAUUUCUAUCAUUAUAAUCUAUAUAUAGAAGUGUUUUUGUGGAAGAUUUUAUUGUUAUGUUAAUUACAGUAAUCUAUUACCGAUGAUGGUAAGUCUGUUUUCUCUUGCUA